AUGCUGAAGGAGUGGUGCCAGUCGGUGGGCGCCGACACCCGGCGCUCGCUGCUCAUCCUGGACAUUCCCGAGGAGUGCCAGGAGGGUGAAUUCCAGGAGGCGGUGCAGGCUUCCCUGCAGCCUCUGGGCAGCUACCGGGUGCUCUGCAGGGCCUUCAGAAAGGAGCUGGGCACCAGGGUGGCUUUGGUGGAGUUUGCUGAGCGUUUAAACCGAAAUCUGAUCCCCCAAGCCAUAGCAGGCAGCGGGGCUUUGUGGCCUGUGGCCUUCCUGCCGCACGCCCGGGAGGCCGAGGCCCAGGACAGCCCCGGUGGCGCAUUGCCCGAGGGGCACGGGGCAUCUGGGGGAGCAGCUGCCGGUGAAGGAGGAGCCCCAGCCGAGGCUGGCGCUGGGGCGGAGGCCGGACUCUCCGGUGAGGAAGGGGCUUCCGGUGAGGAAGAAGGAGCAGGCAUCUCCGGAGCCGAAGGUGCUGAGGGAGAAGCAGGGGGCGUGGGCGCAGCGGGGGGCGCGAUGGGGGGCGCGGGGGCCCCCGGAGCCCCCGGAGCGGCGGGUGAGGCCAGAGUGUCGGAUGAGGAGGGCGCUGGGGGCGACAUGGGCUUCGCAGGGGUGAUGGGGGUCGUGAGUGUGGCGGGUGCAGCGGGCGAGGCGGGCGUGCCGGGUGAGGAAGGCGCCUUCGAUGCAGCCCGAGGGACCGAUGCGUCCGGCGCCUGGGCCCAGCAGUGGAGCCAGGCCCUGCAGCCGAUCCUGGAAAACAUGGCCUAUCAGGAACUGAGACCGUUCUCCGGGCGGGAAGAGCCAGGCUGUGGGGAAGAGUCCUUCGAGAGCUGGCUGGACCAUGCCAACGACAUGCUGUACCUGUGGCGCUACAUCUCCGAGCGGGAGCGGAGGCGGCGGCUGGUGGAGAGCUUGGGCGGGCCCGCCCUGGAUCUCCUGUGCGGGCUCCUGGAGGAGCACCCCGACACCCCCGCGCAGGACUGCCUGGGCGCGCUCGUGCAGGUGUUUGGGAACAAGGACACCCGGAUGACCGCGAGGCUGAAGUUCCUGACGUGCUCCCAGCGGCCGCGGGAGACUCUGUUUGCCUACGUGAUGCGCCUGGAAGGCCUGCUGCAGAUGGCCAUGGAGAAGGGGGCCAUCCACCCAGCGGUCGCCGACCAGGUGCGAGCCCGCCAGGUGCUGAUGCGAGCCCGGCCCAACCGCGUGCUCCAGAACAACCUGAGGAGGUUGAGGCUGGAGCGGAGGCCCCCGGGGUUUGUGGGGCUGCUGCGGCUAGUGCGGGAGACCGAGGCGUGGGAGGCGGGCCUGGCUAGGAAUGAGCGGGCCCACGGAGAGGUAGGAGCCAGGGGGCAGAGCGGUGGUCUGGCUGUCGCCCAGGCUGUGUGCGCCCACGGAGCUGCUGCUGCCGAGUCCGCCCCGGCCGCUGAAGGGGCCCCCCAGGGCCCCGCAGGCAGCGACGGUGCCCGCGGGGCCGCCGUGUGUGCCCACGGAGACGGAGCUGCUGCCGAGCCUGACCCUGACCAGACUGCCGACACCGAUGACGCCACGCGGGCAGCCGCCUCCCCUGGCACCAGAGAGGCCACCGCUCGCGAGGGAGAAGAUGCCACUGUGCCUGCAGGCCUGAGCCAGGCAGCAUCCACCGAGGCUCCCGGCGCCCCCGGCCUCGCCCAGAUGGGCCUUGCUUGUGGGGAGGGCCCGGGAGGGCCUGGCUGGGAGCCACAGAGCCUCCUCCGGGCAGCAGAGCAGGAGGCUGAGGAGUCCCAGCAGUAUCACCUGGGGGAGCUCGAGGACAUCGUGGAGAACAUCCUCGAGUCCGAGGAGGAGGAGGAGGACGAUGACGACGAGGACGAGCUCGGGCAGCCCAAGGCCAGGUGCCAGCAGAAAAGAGUGGACGAUGAAGACGACGACGACGAGUGA